GAAUUUAACACUCCGAGCUCGUCCGGACGGCCCCGACCCCCAGCUUUCUGUCCUUUGAAAACACUAAGAAUAAUGUCCCUGCGUCAAUUUUUACUAGAGCCAAUCACCUGUCAUGCCUGGAACAGGGAUCAUACCCAUCGCCCUUAGCCCCAAUAACCACGAAAUCCACAUCUAUAAGAAGAACAGGAGGCAGUGGGUGAAAGCUCAUGAACUCAAGGAACACAACAGACAUGUCACAGGUAUUGACUGCUCUCCCAAGAGUGACCGCGUCGUCACUUGCGGGGUUGGCUGCAAUGCCUACUGGGGUCAGAAGGAUGGUGUCUGGAAGCCAACCCUGGUGAUUCUGAGAAUUAACUGUGCAGACACUUUUGUCAAGUGGUCCCCGCUAGAGAACAAAUUUGCUGUGCGCAGCGGAGCACGACUCAUUUCUGUUUGUUACUUCGAGUCCGAAAAUGACUGGUGGGUAAGCAAGCACGUUAAAAAACCCAUUCGCUCCGCGGUCCUCAGCUUGGAUUGGCAUCCCAACAAUGUCUUGCUGGCAGCAGGAUCCUGUGAUUUCAAAUGCAGAGUGUUUUCUGCCUACAUUAAAGAAGUGGAUGAGAAGCCAGCCAGUACGCCCUGGGGCAGCAAGAUGCCUUUUGGUCAUCUGAUGUCAGCGUUUGAUGGCAGUGGCACUGGCGGCUGGGUGCGUAAGGUCAGCUUCUCCGCCAGCGGGAGCAGCCUGGCCUGGGUCAGCCACGACAGCACCGUGUCCGUUGCCGAUGCCUCAAAAAGCGUGCAGAUCUCAACUCUAAAGACAGAGUUCCUGCCCCUCCUGAGUGUGUCCUUCAUCUCGGAGAACAGCGUCCUGGCUGCUGGCCAUGACUGCUGCCCCAUGCUCUUUAACUACAACGACCGCGGCUGUUUCACCUUUGUCUCCAAGCUAGACACCCCGAAACAGAGCAUCCAGAGCAACAUGUCGGCCAUGGAGCACUUCUGCAACAUGGACAAGCGGGCCACGACCGAGGACUGCAACCCGGCCCUGGAGAGGCUGCACCAGAACCGUAUCACUCAAGUGUCUCUUUAUGAGGUGGACAAGCAAGAUUGUCGCAAAUUUUGCACUACUGGCAUUGAUGGAGCCAUGACCAUUUGGGAUUUCAAGACCUUAGAGUCUUCUAUCCAGGGCCUUUGGAUACUGUGAAGCUGAGUGAGCCUCCCAGAUCCAGCA